AUGCCGACCUCCCAUGAAGCGAACCAUAAACACAGAUUCUAUCAGCACCAUGAUCACAUCAAAACAGAUAUUGCGACUGUGGAGGACGCUACGUGCAGGUCGUCUGGAGUCAAAGAAAUCCAGCAAGUCAACGGAGGGUGGUUGAUAAAUUACGAUGGAGACGAGAGCGACUUGAAAAGCUUCUUCCGCGAGGGUUCAGUUUGGAAGAGAGUAUUCGAGUCUGACGACGACGAGGUUCUCUGCAUGAAGAUCGUCACGCCUACAAAGCCUGAGAAGUUAAAUCAGCAGUGA